AUGCGCACUAUGAGACCAUUAGGCAGCGUGGGAAGGGUGGCUGAAGUGGUACAUCGCAGCUCGUGCUGUCGCCAUUAUUCUACCAAGGACUUGGGAAGCAAAAAGACCGACACGAACAAGAAGACCAAUAGGGAACAAGGAGCAGAUCACUACGACCGGAUCUUUGCAUUUAUGGACGGAAUUCCACCGGCCACGGCUGAGAGCAUCAUCGGGCGGUCAUCGACGCGAGAUCGAGUGUCACAUACGGGCGAACGAAUCCGUAAACUCGAUUUCGACGUGGAGGACCUCAUCAAACCUGGACGUCGAGAAGUGGCUCCUGCAGCGCCGAAACGGGAGUCCAAGCAACCGGGCACAAAGUCGCUCAUGACGGUGUUGAGCAAGCAGCUCGAGAAGGAGCAUCUCAAGUUCCAGGGCCAGCAGCGAGAGCUGGAGUGGUCCAAUAAGGAGGCCCAGCACAAGAAGGCUGCCCCUGUCAAAACACACACUCCCCAGUGGCAGGAGACGCCCAGUUCGAUCAAGACGGUCGAGGACCAGGAUUAUGCAUACGUGACACAAGGAGGUGAGGCGAUUUUCACCAAGGAAAGGCCUCCUUCGCUGGCCAGUGAAGAUCUCUUUUCUGUGCUCAACAGAAACCCCCAUCCAGAGACCUAUGCCAAGAGCAUCAACAAACUGGAGUCUAAGGGGUGGCGGUACAUUGGAUGUGGAUAUCCCUCCGAUCUGGUUGUUUUCGCACGACCCAAACGGCGGCGAUAUGGCUGGAUCAAACAGAUUAUGGGAACCUCGGCCCUGGCGUUUGUCGUCACUUAUACGCUGCUGGAGAUUGAUGAGCGAUGGACAGGGACUAAACGACGAGCCCAAUGGGAGCGAGAGCGAGAACAGCGACGAAGAGACCACGAGAGAGAUAUCAAGGCAUUGGAGGAACGUGAGUGCAGUUGUUCCAUUAGAGGUUGA